AUGUCCUCCGCCGCGACCUCCUCCCUUCUCUCCGCGAACGUCUCCACCUCCUCCGUCGCCCUCCUCGCGCUAUCCGCCUCCAUCCUCUACCUCUGCGCCACCCUAGUCUACAACCUUCACUUCUCUCCUCUCGCCGCUAUCCCCGGCCCCUGGUAUGCCGCCGUCUCGGACAUCUGGUUGACCUCCCACGUUGCCCGCCUGCAACAGUGCCAGACCGUGCAGGCACUCUUCGAGCGCUACGGUCCCGUCGUCCGCGUCGGCCCCAACAAGGUCCUGUUCUGCGACCUUACGACGGCCAGGAGUGUCUACUGUAUCAACAAGUUCGACAAGAGCUCGUUCUACAAGGCGCUGCUAACGAAUGAUAACGACCAUGCUAUGACGUCGCUCGGAAACGCCGAGCACUCGGCACGCCGCAAGGCCUACGCCCCCCACUACAACCUACCCCACCUUACCCAGUUCCAGCCGGAAGUGAACGACUCCGUCGUCAAGGUGGUACAGAUCCUCGAGAACAACAAGGGCCAGAAGUCGGUCGACACGCUAGACCUCUUCCGUCACCUUAUGGUCGACAUCAUCUCUGUCUCUGUCUUCGGCUCUCGUCCCGGUGCCUUGGACAACUGGGCGAUCGGCAUCCAGGACCCUCUGUCCCAAGCGGUGUACGACUUCCCUACCAGGGGCAUUGUGCGGAGUGCUAUUCCCACUUGGGCAUGGAGCGUUGUCUCCCGCAUUCCCAACGAGACCUGGCGCCGUAUCUGCAACUCGGACAAGACCAUGGCCGAGUUCGUCCGUGGCCGUCUCGACGACAGCAGGGCGAAGAUGCACGCUGCCCCCGUUAUCGGCGAGAAGGAGCUCAAGACUCCUCUGAUCCAGCGCAUGAUCCAGCACCGCGCUUCAGGUACUCCUGACGACACUCUGGUCCAGAACAUCGUCUCCGAGUGCAUGGGCCACCUCGUCGCCGGUUGCGACACAUCGUCUACAACUCUUUCGUACCUCUUCUGGGAACUCUCUCGCCGGAACGACAUCAUGCGCAAGCUACAGGCUGAGCUCGACGAGUACAUGCCUGAUCGCAAGGCAGUGCCCGACUUUGCUACUCUGUGCAAGCUGCCGUACCUGAAUGCCUUCGUCAAGGAAGGGCUCAGGAUUUACGGUGCUGCCCCCUCCGUUCUCGAGCGCGUCGUUCCCUCCACGUCCUCGGCAGUCGACGACUCGUUUGACAUGAUGGGCUACGCCCUGCCCGCCGGCACUGUUGUUGGAACCCAGGCAUGGAGCAUGCACCGCGACACAGAGAUCUUCCCCAGCCCCGAGACCUUCCUUCCGGAAAGGUGGCUCUCUGUAGAGGGCGUUAGCGGCGAGGAGGAAAGAUUGUCCAGAAUGUCGCAAUACCUUAUGCCCUUCGGUAUUGGAACUCGCGCUUGCGGUGGCCAAAACCUUGCGCACAUGGUCUUGCGCGUCGCUAUCGCCGCGAUGGCGGUAAACUUCGACAUCACCGCCAAGCUUACUGAGACGAACGAGCACACUAUGGAGAUCAAGGACGCAUUCGUCCUGCACCCUAUCACGAAGGAGUGCAAGCUUGUCUUCACUCCCAGACCCUAUUAG